ACACAGGUCAAGCGCGCCCAAAUUUAGGAAGCUUUCAAUGUAUUUCCCAGAAUUAGGAAAAUAUACGGUACAGUCAACAGAGCCGGGGAACUCUUAGAGGGACCUUGGCUUGGGCCUACGAGUUUUCAAGGUGGAACAGGUAUGGGGAAUUUUCAAAGUUGUGUCUGUAUGGAAGGCAUGACAUCCCGUCCCUGUUAAUGUUGCACUAACGCCCUUUUGCAACGCACUGUCUCGAGUGGAUCUCCGCGAACAUGCUUGCCACUCCCACACUGCCCAGUUCCUUCUCCACAGUCCAUGGUGGACACUUUUGGGCAGCGGACUCGAGAUCUGGACUGAAGAGAUGAUCACUUAUUUGUGAGCUGACGCUGAAGUCGGGCGGUUUUCUGAUUGCUUAUCUUUGUCUUUUUGCCUGUGGUUAGACAUUUUGAUUGGCCUAUUUCAUUCUCAGACCACCACGUUUAUGUGUUAGCCAAAUCACACGGAGUGUUUAUUUGUUAUCCAGUUCUUACCCCUUUCAGCUAAUCGAAUCAUGCUCUGCUGAUGUUAUUCCCUUAUUGAUAGUCACACAAACAAUCCUGCCUACCGACAUGACGUCUGACGUAGGUGUCUACUCCACUGGAGGAACUAACACCGCACUAGAACUACUGAGUGAGUGCUAACGGAUCUAGUUAGACGUUUCAAGUGAAUAAUUCCAGAAAUUACUCACGGAUAUUACUUUUUAGGGUCAGAACCGGAAUUUCAAUGA